CUCAUAUUUUGUAAAACAACAUACAAUCUUCUCUUGCACCCUCUGCGCUCAUAUCCAGGACCGAUGCUCGGCCGAGCUUCUCGUCUAUAUUAUAUCUACUACCAAUUCCGUGGAGAUCUUCCAUUCAUGACGAAAGCCCUUCACGAAAAAUAUGGUUCAGUUGUCCGUAUUGCACCAGAUGAACUUUCAUACUCUUCCGGCGAUGCUUGGCACGAUAUCUAUGGUUGUUUCACCUUCCAUUACACGCUCCUCAAGGUAAUAAGUGUCAAAAACAUAAAGGCGGUUUCUAAUUUGUGUGCAUCGGCAGACCAUAAACGAUUCCGCCGAGUGAUGGGCCCCGCCUUCUCUGAGAAAACCGUCAAGGCUCAGGAGUAUCUAAUGAAGCGCCACGUGGAUCUUUUCAUUUCACAGGUAAGCCAAGGUUCGUUACUCAUCGUGGUUGUUAUGAACUGA